GAAUUUUUAAUUUUACUUUGGUCACGGAUAUCUACAUAUGUACGUAUACAUGUCACACCGGUGACGCAUGUCAACCCCGCGUGGUGCUGUAAGCUUGCGUAUUGGCUAUUAUGCAGUUAGAAUAAUAUUUGUGUAUCUAACCUAGUCGCAUCUGUCACAAGUGUUGCAAGUAUUUAGUUCAGUGAAAUCAAUAUAAGCUAAUUGUGAUCCCAAUGACUGCUGCUACAAUUGCUGGGAUGGCUGAUGAUGAUAUUUACACGGGAUACAAUGAUUAUCCGUCGAUGUUUAGUACAAAAGAUCUGGAUCAGGAUGAAUUGUUUCAAGAAGCGCUUAAAACUAGUUAUGCCAAACGUCCAAUUAUCACUCCAAAAAAACCUGGUACCGCAAUGCGUUUUGGAACAUCCAGUGGAUUUCACAGAGGUGGAACUACAAUGACUGGACAUCCAGGUACUGCAGGGCCAAGACCAAUGACUGCUGUUCGUGGUGCUGGCUAUACAAGUAGUCGGCAAACAUUCGAUCCAUUAAAUAUGAGUAGUAGUUCUAGGGGACCUGCACCUCCUUUAGAAUCUGGCAAGGAAGACAAACCAGAGGAAAAGAUAAAGACUGCAGAACGUAGAAUAAUGGAGUUAAUUGAGAAUUCUGCAGAGGCUGCAAGUGAGAAAAAUAUGAGGGUCGCAUUAGAAAGAGCAAGGGAAGCUUCUUCGAGAGAAAGGGCUUUAAUUAGACUUCAGGAGCAAGCAGGUCUCAGCGAUAGUCACAACGUGGAUUUGACAUUUGCUGUCCUAUUUAAUUUGGCAAGUCAAUACACAAAUAAUGAAAUGUAUACUGAAGCUAUAGCGACGUAUCAAGCUAUAACAAGAAAUAGAAUGUUUAAUAACAGUGCUAGAUUAAAGGUAAAUAUGGGAAAUAUCUACGUCAAGACGGGUCAAUUACCCCAAGCUAUAAAAAUGUAUAGAAUGGCCCUGGACCAAGCUCCGACAGCACAAAAGGAUUUGAGAAUAAAAAUUAUGCAUAACAUUGGAAUGCUAUUUGUGCAAAUGGGCCGUUUGGAAGAGGCUGCUAAUAGUUUCGAGUAUGUCAUGAGAGAACGUGCAGAAUUCAAAGCAGGCUUGCAUGCUGUCUUGUGUCAUUUUGCAUUAUUACAUCGCGAUAAGAUGAAACGAGGUUUCUUAGAGUUGUUAGAAGUUCAGCUUAAUAUUGAUCAGGAGGACAAGUAUAAUAAUAAUACAGACGACAUAGCCGCAAAUAUAAUUAACGAAGUCAUAAAGAAUGACGAUCUAUCAAAACUUGAAAGGGAGAUGAAACUCGAGGCAGAAAAAACAAUUCUUAGUGCAGCAAAGCUCAUAGCGCCAGUAAUCGAAGAUACCUUGACUGCUGGAUUUGCCUGGUGUGUGGAUGCUAUCAAGUCUUCGGUUUACGGUCCCUUGGCAGCAGACUUGGAGAUAAGCAAAGCAAUGGUAUUCCUGCAUAAUCGCGAGACACAACUCGCCAUUGACACACUGAAGGUUUUUGAAAAUCGAGAUACAAAAGCAAACAGUGCUGCUUCCACGAUGCUCUCAUUCAUUUACUUCCUGCAAGGAGAUUACGAUCAGGCUGAACGGUGUGGCGAAAUAGCACGAAAGGCAGAUAGUUAUAAUGCAGCUGCUUAUGUUAAUUUGUCUGCAUGUGCAAUAAACAAAGGGGAGUUCGAAAGAGCCAGGGAACUUUUACUCUGUGCCUUGGACAAUGAUGCCAGUCACGUACAGGCUUUGUACAAUCUAGGGUUGGUAUAUAAGAAACAAAAUAUGUAUGAGGAUGCUUUGGAGUGCUUCUGGAAAUUACGCAAUAUUGUUCGUUUCGACCCACAAACUCUUUAUCAAAUAGGUCAUCUAUAUCAGCUCAUUAACGACAUGGAUCAAGCUGCAGAAUGGUUUAAUCAGUUAUUAGGAAUAAUUCCAUCGGAUCCAGGAGUGUUACAGAAAUUGGGAGAAAUGUAUGAUAACUUGGGUGAUAAACAGCAAGCGUAUCAAUUUUACAGUGACUCUUACAGAUUUUAUCCAGCGAAUUUUGAGGUGAUUGACUGGCUUGGUUCGUACUUUAUCUCAAUGCAGGUUGCUGAGAAAGCAUUCACUUUCUUUGAGAGAGCCGUUGAAUUGGCACCGGAUCAACCAAGAUGGCGGCUACUGGCAGCUGCUUGUCUAAGAAGAACAGGACAAUUUCAUAAAGCUUUGACAGAGUAUCAGGACAUUCACAAAAAAUUUCCAGAGAAUAUCGAGUGUCUAAAAUUCCUUGUAAGACUGUGCAGUGAUUUAGGGCUGAAGGAGGCGCAGUUGUACGCAGCAGAGUUAAAGAAGGUAGAAAAGGCAAAGGAAUUAAAAGAGAGGCAAACUUCCAGUCGACCUGGAACAACAGGAUCCCGUAGAAGUAACAGUGGCACUUCCUCCAGGGGUGGUUCGGGCAUGAGUACGGUAUCUGAACAUCGUUCAAGUCCAACUUCUGGUCGAGAUCUUCAAGGAUCUCACAGCGGAGGUCCAAUCCGUGCAAAUCGUCUGGCGAUGUUAGAGAGUCCUUUGGAAUUCACACCAGAACCCAUCACCCGUAUAAACACCAGCUACUCCGAUCCUGUGGGUCCGAUGCCGACGCGACCCAUGACCUCAGCUGGCAAGAGGGACGACGAUUUUGGUGACGAUGAACUUGGCGACGAUCUUCUACCUGAAUAAUUAAUAUUUUAUCGUUAAAUAAUUUCGCGGAACUAACACGUGACGCAGAUAUAAAGGAACAAAUCAUAAAUUGGAAUCUAGUCGUUCUGUGCUUAUAUGCUGAUAUGAUGAAACCAGAUUAUUUGGCAUUAUAUAAGAGUGCCUUAUAAAAUAAUUAUAAUAGAGAUUGUUUUGAAAACUGACAUUUUUUCUAUUUUAUUGUACUUUUAUGGAUAUAUAUAUAUAUUUUUCUGUAUCUCUCUCUCCCUCUUUCUACGUCACUGGGUGUAAAUUGACUGAGUGACCAGUGACUAAAAUGUCUGAAUAAAAAUAGAUGUAACAAUGGU